GGGCCGUGUCGACGUCUCUUGAACGCCCUCCAGUCCCGGGAACAAAGGACUGUCUGAUUUGAAAGACCAGAAGUCCAAUUUGCCCUUGGUAAACAUGAUGACAGAAGCACAAAUAAAAGAAAAGACUGGAGACCAAAACGUCAAAGAAAAACUGAAGCAACGCCAGGCCAUCAAUGAGGAUUAUGAGAAAACAGGCUACGACCGGGGACACCUGAACCCAAGGGACUUCCAGGGCGGUGAUGACUGUUUGGCCACCUUCACCCUCACCAACGCCGCCCCCCAGCAAUCCCGCUUCAACCGGGUCCACUGGCGCAAACUGGAAUGCAAUCUCAAGAUACAGUUAACAGAGAAGUGCUAUAAAGAAAAAGGGAAGGCCUUCCUCGUGACCGGCGUGGUGCCUGACAAGCAGAAGAAAAUCCCCAAUAAGGAUAAUAACAGAGAUCCAAGGGUGGUGGUGCCCAGCCACUUCUGGACGGCCGUUUGCUGUAAUCACGCCGACAAUAACAAGAAAUUCGCCUUCGCCUUCCUGUGGGAGAACGAGGCAAACAGCAUCCCGAAGGGCAUGACGGUGAAGGAUCUGAACACAGAGUUACAGAGGCUGUAUGGGGGCAAUCAGGCCAUCACGAUUCUUAACGAUUGCAAUGAAGACGGCCAGACGGGAAAGGACAUUUCAGCGGCGAUCAGCAAAAAAUUGCACAGCAACCUUCCCAACACGGACCAGGACCCCUGUCAGACGCCAGGGUCAUCAGGAGCAAAGCGCCGCAGAACCAAGUGACGGAAACACCCUGCUUAGGAGAAGCUGCGCUCGCUUGUGACCAGGGGAAAGAAAGUAGCACUAGAGAAAUCCCGAGAAGCUUUUUAAUUGACGGCUCCUGGGGCCGAUGUAUCCGCCUGAGCUUGUCCGUGUCCGAUGUCCCUCUUCUCACACCUGCUGCGCUUCAAAUCUUGUCUUCAAUUCGCCCCCUAUCCUGCCCUCUCUGGGCCCUGUAUCGCUGCACUGAGGGGGGGGAGGGGACACGAUUUGCCUGCUUUCAUGCUGCGUUAAGGGCUGCCGGGCUGCCAGUCAUAUAGUCUUGGGUUGGGAUGAGUCAAAAUUUGUCGUAAGCCUUUUCCUGCUUCCGUGAUGCAAAAGUCCGCUUGGCUGACAAAGAGCUGGCAAAUAAAAAGGCCGGAUGGCAA